AUGGAUAUCAAAGAAAAUGAUUCGAAAUUAUUUACACCUGGUCCUUUAACGACCAGCUUAACAGUGAAAGAGGCUAUGCUUCAUGAUUUAGGCUCACGCGAUACGAUUUUUUUAAAUAUAAUUGCUCAUAUUCGCGGAAAAUUACUUGAAUUAGCAGAUGUCUCAGCAGAUGAACAUGCAGCUGUUCUUGUACAAGGAAGUGGUACAUAUGCAGUUGAAGCAACAUUUUCAACAACUGUACCUCAUCAAGGCGCUAAUGUCUUAAUUAUUGAGAAUGGUGCAUAUGGUCAACGCAUGAUAAAAAUAUGUCGAAUAUUAAAUAUUCCACAUGAUGUAAUUUCAUUUCAUGAAACAGUACGCGUUCAAGUUGAUUUAGUCGCUAAUAAAUUACAAUCAAAUCACUAUACACACGUUGCUAUUAUUCAUUGUGAAACAAGUUCAGGAGUUUUAAAUCCUAUUGAAGAAAUUGGGCAAUUAGUAUAUGAUCAUGGUACAACAAAAGGUUCAACCGUAUAUAUUGUUGAUUCAAUGAGUGCUUUUGGUGCUGUUCCAGUUAGUCUUCGUAAUGGUCAUAUUACUUAUAUCAUCAGUUCGGCUAAUAAAUGUAUCGAAGGCGUACCUGGUUUUGCUUUCGUUAUUGGGAAAAAACAACAUUUACUCACGUGCCAAGGCCAAGCACGUAGUUUAGUACUUGACCUAUACGAUCAAUACACAUACAUGGAACAGAGUAAACAAUUUCGUUUUACACCACCAACGCAUACUAUACUUGCAUUCAAACGUGCAUUAGAUGAAUUAGAUCAAGAAGGUGGUGUGCAAGGUCGUGCUAAACGAUAUCAAGCUAAUAAUAAACUUAUUCGAGAAAAAAUGAGAACACUUGGUUUCAUUGAAUUAAUUAAACCUGAAUAUCAAACAUAUAUUAUUACAUCGUAUUAUUAUCCAUCGGCACCAUUUAACUUUCAAACAUUUUAUAAUAAACUCAGUGAAAAACAUCAAUUAAUUUAUCCAGGCAAAACAACUGAAACAGAUUGCUUUCGUAUUGGUAAUAUUGGACGAUUAUUUGAGAAUGAUAUGGCAACAUUAGCUGAAUGUAUUAAAGAAGUAUGCGAAGAAAUGAAUAUUGAGCUUCCGUUAAAGAACAACACCAAACAAUAA